AUGUCUCAACCCAAGGAGAAUUCUUCCAAGUCGGGGACCUCGUCCCGGAUUCUUGAGCGCAUAUUCUUCGGUAUGCCAAAUCGAAAGGUCCGUCGCUUUGAGAAGGCCGAGAACCACUCCAGAGUCCACCACCCCCCUCCCAUUCAAAGGCCUCCCCAGGUUAUGGUCCCUAGAAUUGAUGACAUCGUCGAACCGCCCAACGACGUACCACCCAACGACGCACCGCCCAACGACACACUGCCCAACGACGCACCAGCUAUUCAUGAAUUUGACCACAAAGGAAAGAGCCCGGCCCCUGUCUCGCAAUCAGACACCAACUCCAGCGGCAUAGGAACCAGCUCUGGUGACCAUCCACCGUUUCCGCCCGAGGAGCCACCUUUGAGUUACGACCUUGCUGUGAGAGCGGCCCCAGUUCAACUGCUACCUGAUGUCGAGAACCUGCGUGACGACCAGGGAGGCACUGCAUGCUCGAUAUGCGGCGUUAUUUUUGGCUCACGAAGAGGCUUCCAUUUCUUUCCAGAGCAAAAGGCACAUCUCCCCUGUGGUCACAUCUUCGGCCACCAGUGUCUUUUUUGGUGGUUGACCUGGAAUCGAGGUCGAAUGGGUAAAUGUCCGCGAGGCGGAUGCAUUACACUUCGGCACGAGUGCGGACAUGUUGCUGUUCCCACUACACGGCCCCACGAACGCUUGUUCACAGAUGCUACAAGAAAAACAAUUCCAUGGCCAUGCGAGUUUUGUGAGUCACCCAGGGGUGCGAAACUCUUCCAGUCGAUUGAGCGCUCCACGGAGGGGACAAGACGCGCGCGGCAAGGGAGGAAAGAUUUCUUGGGUACACCUCGCACAAUGGUGUGGAAUCUGAGAGAAAAGUUCCACUGGCACCGACUUUUCUCGAAAGAAAGCAAGCUGGAACGAGAGGCCUCGGCGUGGUUCAGGCGGAAAUGGGCCAAGUUUGAGGAUUUGUGUUGGAGGCAUGAGGCCAGGGUGAAGGAGGGGAUGUUCAUGGGAGAAGAGUUCGAGGAUGAGCCUGAGAACCAGAACGAGGACACGAAUGCCCCAAGUGAUCGCCAAAGGGAGAAAUCGCGGUACACUGGGAACACCGGAGAUGAUGGAGAUGGCGGUGACAAUGUACGUGCCGGUGGCAGUGGAGACGGAGCGAAGUAG